AUGAAACCGUCUUUGCUUCUAGCCGCAAGCCUCGCUUCUGUGACUUUGGCAAUCGUUCCUGAGGGAAUCAUCUCGGGCGAGAAAGCAGCUGUGCCUGGAUCGCAGUCGCUUCCGAACUUGUUUACCGUGUCUUCAGCUAGUGAGAUUGAUGGCUGGGAUGUGGGCGGCACCUUGAAGCUUGAAGCAGGUCGGUUAGCCUUUGGUACUGGACAGGGUGCUCUUUGGUCAAAACAGCCGUUGGCAAACUCCAGAGACGAGUGGGUGAUUGAGGCAGUAUUUAGAAACUCCGAGGUUAAGGAGACAGCAGAUCAUUCAUUUGUGGACACAAACGGCCUUUCAUUUUGGCUUUUACAAGCUGACACAACUCCAAAGUUGUACUACGAUGUGCUGAACUUUGGUGGUCCCGCAAGUUUGACGGGUUUCAACUUUUGGUGA